AUGAUCUGUUCCAUCUCCAACACGCCGGCAGAAGAGCCCGUGGUGUCGCCCAAGUCCGGCCACGUUUUUGAAAAACGCGUCGUGGAGAAGUACAUCCAACAGCAGGGCAAGGAUCCGAUCUCGGGCGAGUCGCUGUCUGUAGACGAACUUAUUCCUGUCCAAGUUUCGGCACUCGAAAAGCCGUUGGUGGUGCGCGAGGCAUCUUCCACGUCGAUCCCUUCGUUGCUCACAAUUUUCCAGCGCGAAUGGGACGCCUUGGCGCUUGAAUCGUUCGAAUUACGCAAACAAUUGACAAAUUAUAAAAAAGAGCUCAGUCUCGCGCUGUACAAGCAGGAUGCCGCCGUGCGAGUCGCUGCGGCAGCCAUUAAGGAACGCGACGAGGCAAAGAAGGCAUUGGAGGAUAUCACAAUCAAGCUGGGUACUGGCCAGCCAAUAGAUAUCGACGAACCUGUUCAGGACGAACGUGUUCACGGAUCGCUUCCUCUCGCAGAGGAAUACUCUUCCCAGCUCACAGACGCCCAUGUCCAACUCUACCAGCAGCAUAAAUCCCAUAAAUAUAAGUCGCCAAUCGGAGACGACCAGGACAUCAAGCUCGUGUCGAUUUCCGAGUCCAAGAUCUGGGAAAACCAGAAGAAAUCAUCGACAGCCACAAGCACGGUGUUCAACAAUUUGAAGACAAAAGUGUUGGUUGGCUACUCAGACAAUACGGUGGUCGUGUACGAUGUUUUGGAAAGUACUUUAGUCCAAGAGCACUCGCUUCCAAAAAGAGCCAAGAUCAACGGUUUGGGCUGGCUCAACAACGAGACAUAUGCCUACGCAGGUACAGACGGCACUUUAACUGUGACAGGACCCGAAACAACGUACCAGCUUACUGUGGCAAAGAAACCGGCUGUGAAAAUUCUGGGACAUCCGCUGCUACCAUUUUUAUUCCUGGCUCAAAAAGAUACUUUGUCGGUCUUCGAAGGGGAGACCAAACUGUACGAAUCGCAGGCAUUUGAGUCCGACAUUAAGGACGUUGCAUUCCACCAGGACGGUCUAUUUUUGGGACUACUUUUUGCAGACAACCAGGUGAAAAUAUUCAACACCGCAAAAACCUCGUUUGAGCUGACCGUGUCGACGGAAAAAGUGGGCCAGAUCGUCUCAAUUGACAGUUUGCUGUUUGCUCCGAACGGGUACUCGCUGGCUCUGCACGUUGUUACUGAAGACGGCCCCAAAGUCGGGGUCUAUGAUCUGCGUAAGGACACUUUCCAGUCCGUUUUGGACUCUCCGGACUCGAGCGCCAUUCUAUCCAUCGACCCUGCCUCCACGUUUCUGUUCAACGACAGGUUCUUGUUCAGAUAUCACAAGAAAUCUAAACAAUGGGGCUCCGAGACUAAACAGCUACCAGACAUCGACCAGGCCGUUGUUGAUGUUGCUGUGCGUGGAAAAGACGACGGGUACGAGAUCUACGCGGUACUGAAAAACGGAACGCUGUCCAAGUUCGAGUUGCUUGCCGAUGUAUAA